AUGCGACGCACACUCCAAUCGGCCCUGCUACUGGGUCUGUCGACCCUCGCGGCCGCCGUAUUCAAGGACGAGGUCGGCGACAUCGACUUCCACUACUCCCUCCUCGGCUUGCCGCGACAAGACGCCACCUUCUUCCACCGACCGCGCAGGGACGAGAAGGCGAGCCUGCUCUACACAAUCAGUGACCUCGGCGUCGUCGGCGCCGUUAAUCCGAGCAAUGGCGACCUAGUAUGGCGACAGCGCAUCGCUGACGAUGCCGACGACGUUGCGGCGCCCGGAUUCCUACGCGCGCCUGAGGGCGAGCACUGGGUCGCGGCGGCUCAGGGCUCAAAGGUCCAGGCCUGGGGGGCCGCGUCGGGGCGCAAUAUCUGGCAGACGCAGUUCAAGGGCGAGGUGAAGGAUCUCGAGAUUCUCGAGAUUACAGAGGCCUCGCGCAAGGACGUCCUGGCGCUUUUCGACGAGGAUGGCGUCACUGUAUUGCGCCGCCUCCACGGCGCCCUUGGUACAGUCAUCUGGGAGUUCCGCGAGCACAGCAAGGACGUGCCCCUCCAAGUCUCCAACAACAUUGCCAAUGUCUACGUCGUCAGCCUCCACGGCUCGGGGUCCUCGUACAACCUCAAGGUCACGUCGCUCGAUACGGCUACCGGAUCGCGCGUCGACCACUGGUCCGUCGGCACCAAGGGUGACAUCCAUGGGCCCAGCGAUGUCAUGUUUGUGGGCGCCAACUCGGCCGCGCCCAUCGUCGCCUGGGCGAACAGCGGGCUGGCCAAGCUCAGCGUCAACAUACUCGGGUCCAAGUCCAAGCAGGACUUUCAUCUCCCUCCCGACGCGGCGUCGGUCCAGAUCCACGCCCCGCAUCUUGCGCAGUCGCAGCCGCACUUCCUGGUGCACAUCCAGACCAAGCCAGACGGCGCGGGAGAAAAGAACAACAAGGCCAUCGUGUUCCACACGAACCUGAAGACGGGGCAGAGUGAUAUUGCCUACGAGCUGCCAUACUUCCGCGGCGAGGGUGCCUUUUCUGUGAGCUCCGAAGGCGCCAACGUCUAUUUCACGCAAGUUGGCAGCGAGGAGACCCUGAUCGUCUCAUCUGACUCCCACGCCAUCCUUGCCCGCUGGCCCGUCAAGCAGGACGCCAAGGUUCAUCCAGUCGCCGCUGCAUCUGAGGUCGUUAAGAAGCCAGGCGGCACGGAGUUCGCCGUUCGCUCUGCCGUGCUCACACAAUCCGACGACUGGACACUCAUCCGCAAUGGCGAGAAGGACUGGACCCGGGUUGAGGGCCUGUCUGGCGCCGUGGCCGCGGCUUGGGCUGAGAUUCCCGAGGGGGAGGACCUGGCCAAGGUCCUGGCCGAGGAAGCCCACACGAACCCAUUGUCCGCAUAUAUCCACCGUGUGACGCGUCACAUCGAAGACCUGCAGUACUUGCCCGGGUACUUGGCUAGCAUUCCUGGCAAUGUCAUCAACAGCAUUGCAGGUGGCGAGAUCAUCGGCAAGAAGCCUGGUCUCCACCGGGAUACGUUUGGGUUCAACAAGGUCCUAGUCGUCGCCACCCGUCGAGGGCGCUUCUACGGCCUCGACUCUGGCAACCGGGGCAAGGUCGUUUGGACGCAAGAGUUCUUCCCCCGUGAUGCUAGCAACCCGCUGGAAGUCAGGGCGCUGACAGCAAACGGCGAGGAGGGUCUGAUGAUUGUGUAUGGCGCCGAAGGCGAGCAUGCCACCUUCAACUCUACGACGGGAGCUUGGCGUACCCUUGUCGGCGCCGCUGGCGACCGAGACGCCAUCUCCAGCGUUGCUGUCGUCGACACCGAGUCCGACAAGCUCCUGCUCCCUAUUGGUCCGGAUGGACUGCCGGCGGGGGAUCUGCCCCCUGGUUGGGAUGCUGGCCGGACCGUGGUCGUGCGAAGCGGUGAUGUCCUCAAGGGCGUCAAGUACGGCUCCGAGGGUGGCAAGGUCACCAAGCAGGACAUCUGGCAAUUGCAGGUGUUUGUCGGGCAGAAGAUUGUCGAGGUUGCCAGCCUUCCGUCGCACAACCCCAUCGCCUCUAUCGGUCGUGUCCUGGGCGACCGCCGCGUCAUGUACAAGUACCUGAACCCCAACAGCCUCGUCGUCGCCGUGGCGGACGAAAAGGCCAACAGCCUGUCCGUGCAGCUCCUCGACGCUGUCUCUGGCCAAGUUCUCGCCUCCCAGCUUUACGACGGCGCCGACUCGGCCAAGGCGGUGUCCUGCGCCAUGGCUGAGAACUGGUACGCGUGCUCAUUCUUCGGCGACUACAAGCUCGACGACAACACGGAUCGCUCCAUCAAGGGCUACCAGGUGGUAGUCUCGGAUCUGUACGAGUCGCCAGACCCGAACAGCCGCGGCCCGCUGGGUGAGUCGGCCAACUUCUCGUCGCUCAACCCCGUCGACAGCCCGACCGGCGUGCCGCUGCCGUGGGUGGUCUCUCAGGCGUAUGUCAUGUCCCAGCCCCUGAGCACCCUGUCGGUCACGCAGACGCGCCAGGGCAUCACCACCCGGGAGCUGGUCGCAUACCUGCCGGAGUCGCACAGCAUUCUUGGCCUUUCGCGGCACGCCAUCGACCCCCGCCGGCCGGUCGGUCGAGAACCCACGGCCGCUGAGAUGGAGGCCGAGGCGCUGAUGAAGUACGCCCCCGCCAUGGAGAUUGACCCGCGCAGCAUUCUCUCCCACGAGUAUGACGUCGUCGGCGUCAGGGGCAUCGUGGCGGCGCCGGCGCAGGUGGAGAGCACGAGCCUGCUGGCGGCGUACGGCGUGGACGUGUACGUGACGCGGGUCGCCCCGAGCGGCGUGUUUGACAUUCUGGGCCAGGGCUUCGACAAGGUGACGCUCGUGGGCACGGUGCUGGCACUGCUGGGUGGCGUCAUGUUUGUUGCCCCGAUGGUCCGGAGAAAGCAGAUCAACAUGCGGUGGGUGGCCAACUUUUAG